AUUUAGAUGAAAGGAACUGUAGCCGUGACUGUUGCCGCACUCUUUUUAGUAGCGUUUUUAGGGUACUAUUCAGAGACGAGUAGGUAUACAGAGGUCGUAGGUACGGGUGUGAGUGAGGGUGUUAUUGAUAAUAGCACAAAUGCUAAUGUACAUGAGGUCGUGACAAAGCACUUGCAUUUAAACCUCACCUUGGAUUUUGACGAAAAAGUUGCCAAAGGGACAGCGACACUUACUAUGGAAGCUCUUGUUGAGGGACUUGAUCAGAUUGAUUUGGAUGCUAGAUAUCUUGAAAUUAUGGAAAUUAAACUCCAAGAUGGUCAGACACUGGAUUACAAGUUUGAUGAGCCGAAUCCAAACAUUGGUCCUAAGUUAUCCAUUGCUGUUCCUAAAACUAUUCAAAAGAACGAAGUUUUUAAUCUCACGAUAGGGUAUUCAACCACAAACAAGACUCUUUCUCUUAACUGGUUAGAGCCUGAACAGACUGCUGGUAAUACUCUUCCAUAUGUCUUCACUCAUUGUGAAGCUAUUGAUUGUAGAACUUUAGCUCCUUUACAAGACACUCCCUCUGUAAAGUCAACCUAUUCUGCUCUGAUUCGUUCACCUAAAGACAUUAAGGUGUAUAUGUCAGCUCAAAAUCUAGAAGAUUGGACUGAAGGAGACUCUAGAGUAACUAGUUUUGAAAUGAAUGUUCCAAUCCCAUCAUACCUGAUAGCUCUUGUUGCUGGGGAUCUCGAGUACAGAAAGCUAGGAAGAAAUACUGGUGUCAUCACUGAGCCCAUCUUCAUGGAAAAAUGUGUAAACGAGCUAUCUGAGUUACAGGAUUCUCUCGAUGUUGCAGAAAGCUUCCUUACUAAGUAUGAAUGGGGUGUUUACAACAUCGUGAUUUUGCCACCAAGUUUCCCAUUCGGAGGAAUGGAGAACCCUCUUCUCACUUUCGCAUCUCCAGCCAUUAUUGUUGGCGAUAAGAGUCAAGUCAAUGUUGCCACUCAUGAAGUAGCCCAUUCUUGGACAGGAAAUCUUGUUACUAAUAGAAACUGGGAGAACUUUUGGCUUAAUGAAGGGUUCACAAAAUGGAGUGAAAGAGCAAUUAUCAGAAAACAAAGAGGUGAAGAGUUUUACCUGGUAUCUGCUGCUCUCGGAAAUUCUUCUCUUUACGGUGAUCUUGAACUUUACGGGGAUGAUAGUACUUUUACAUCACUUCAUCCUAAUUAUGAAGGAGCAAACCCUUACGAUACUUUCUCAAGAGUUCCAUAUGAAAAAGGGUUCCUUUUCUUGACUCAUAUCCAGAAUGUAAUUGGCAAUGAUAAUUUUGAAAUGUUCUUGAUAAUCUACUUGGACAAAUAUAGAAUGACCAGCAUCACUUAUACUGACUUUAUUGAUACUUUCCUUGAGUUUAUAGAAUCCUACUUCAGUGAUCAAGAAAGAAAGAACAUUCUAUCAAAAAUUGACUUCCACACAUGGAUAUUCGGAACUGGGCCUCCACCAGUUCAGCUUAAUUUCACAACUUCCAAUUUGGAGAUUAGUAGAAAACUUGCUGAUGAUUACUUACUAGGAAAGGGAACUCCUGAGAACCACGAUGUAUUCUUUGAUUAUUUCUCUUUGCUCAAAUGUAUUUUCUUACAAAGAUUGAUCGACAGAGCUGAAGAUGCCACUAUCCCAAUCCUUGAGCAGAUAGACAUAGACUAUCAACUGACUAACACUAUCGAUCCAGAGCAGAAAUAUUUGUGGUUCCAACUUUGAAUUAUGGCAGGGUAUGACAAGGUCAUUCCAUCUGUGGAUGAGUUCCUUGGGCAAUAUGGAAGACAAAAGUAUCUCCUUCCUCUCUACAGAGCAUUGAACGGUUAUGACCAUGACCUAGCUGUUGAGUUCUUUAACAAGCACAAGGGUAUGUAUCACCCAGUCGCAGUGGUAAAUGUUGGAAGAAUACUCAAUCCUGAUUCCUAUUAAGGAUUCUACCCAAUAUUUAUUCU